CACGAGGGUUUUGAUUUCCAAUUGAGGCGCCUGGGCUAGAUCCGCGAUCGUCAUGGCUUCCUGGCUGCGUGCAGCGGAAGAGCUUCUAGAGGUCGUGGAUCGCACUGCCAAGCAAGCGGUACCGGUUACAGUGUCCGAUGGGGGGCAACGAAAGGCUCUUACUUCCACACAUUUGAGAGAGAAAACAAGCUCCGGCUUGGCAGAGGCACUAGUGAAGGGUGAUGGAGGAGUCGAGAAUGGUUUUUACUCGGCGAGAGAUGGUUUUGUUGCUGAGCCUCGGAAGUCAAGUGGAGCAGCCGAUGAAACAACCGUCUCGAGCAGUGACGAGCGUGUCAACUGUGAUAUGACGACGGAGAAUGGGACUGUUAGUGUGAAUCUGUCGACUAUUGCGGAAUCAACAAAAGAGAAAGAACAGCCGAACACCAACGAAGGCAAGUUUGGAACGCUUGAUUCUCAGGUGGAAGAGGCUAACCGGCUGUUGCAAUCUUCUGCCACAUCCGGAAAAUCAAAAGAAGCUCGUCUCGCGAAGGUGUGCGCUGGACUUUCGACAAGGCUUCAGGAACUCAAGUCUGAAAAUGCUCAGCUGGAGGAAUUACUUCGGCUAGAGAAAGAAGCGAAAAGUUCUAUUAGCGCUACCUUAAAUCUACUUCAAGGAGAGCUAGCUCUUGCAAGGUCAGGGACAAAUGCGGCGGAAUCAGAAAUGGCGGCUGCUUUGGCUUCAAAAAAUUCAGAGAUUGAAGCACUCUCAAUCAGCUUGGAGACUGCCAAUCGGCAAGCUCAGGCCGCCGAAGAAAAACUGGCGCUGGUUCAGGCAGGAAUGGAGUCCAUAAUGAAGAACCGGGAAAUAACUGAAACAAGAAUGAUACAGACUCUUCGUCUCGAUCUUGCCUCGGCGGAGCGGAGGGUAGAGGAAGAACGCGUUGCUCAUAGUGCCAGUCGAAUGGCUGCAGUCCAGAGGGAGGCAGAGCUUGAGCAGCAAAUGGCAGAAUCAACAACCGCAGUUACCAGAAUGCAGAGAAUAGUGGAUGAAAGAUCUCAAAAAGCAUUUGAGCUUGAGCAGAAGGCAGCGAUGCUUGAAGUGGAAUGUGCUACUCUGAAUCAAGAGCUACAGAAAAUGGAAUUGCGAGCGCGACGAGAACAAAAGAAGCCAUCUGAAGAAUUUAGUCAAAGCGCCUGGAGAGAAGAGGCGGAGCGUGCAAGAGUUGCUCAAAGAGAAGCAGAAACCAAACUAUCCAUUUUGGAGGCGGAGUGUCAAAAGCUGCGAGUGGACCUUGCCAGUGCUAAGCAGGACUUUGAUGUCAGCUCAACUCAGGCACAUAUCGAGCUGCAGAAGCAGUACAAGGAAGUGAUGGAGCUUUUGUUUUUGAAGCAGGCACAACUCGAGAAAGUGUCUUCCGAGAAGGCAGCCAUGCAAUUUCAGUUGGAGAAGGAGUCGAAGAAAUUCAGAGACGCGAACGCCGAGGUGGAAAGAAGCAGACGUCAAUUCUCUUCGAUCGGAGUUGACGAUGACAACGAAUUGAAAUCUUUUGAGACUUUGGGCCUUCACCAACGUCGGAUGGUACCAAGUUUACAGCGUUUUGUUGGACCGAGCAUUCAGGCAGCUGCUAAGUUCCUUGACUCUGGAGCUGUCACUGCUGGUCGAUACUUGUGGCGUCGACCCCUUGCAAGGCUUUUUGUAGUGUGCUACUUGGUGUUUGUUCACUUCUGCUUGAUGUACUUGCUUCAUCGUCUCCAGGCAAAAACUAUAGAAGAAAUUGAGGCAGCAGCAGGCUUGAUGAAGAAUGGGUGAAAGAAAAUUCUAAAGAAAAUUCUUUCAUAUAUAACCUCUGGUGCUACAGUUUUGAGGGUUUUCCAGGAAAAAGAGCGAUUCCUUCAAGUAUUUUCUUAUAUGUUCUUAAUAGAAAAAAAGUGGCAAGCCGGCAAAGAGCAAAUAAAGAACAUAAUAAAAGAGAUGAUGGACUUGAUCUUCAAGCUCAACAUCACAGCUGGGAGUUUCCAGAAGUCCCAGAGUAUCAGCUCUCAACAUCAGAAGUAAAAUGCAUUGCAUGUAUCUAAGAAUAGGGUCCUUUGUUCCUUAGUUGGGAUUGUAAACACUUCAUAUAAAAUAAGAAAAUAACUCUCUCUCUC